UGAUAGCAUAAGAAAAACAGAUGUAAAAACAUGAGCCAUUAAUUCUCCAACAAACUAAGAGAACCUUUUCCAAGAUGUAUCUAGCCAUUUUACUGGCCCAUAGACAAAGCUAAUGAGUUUGGUACAUCCAAAAUCAAAUUGCAUCUUUGCUGCCAACAAUAACUGUAGCUUUGGUUAUGUGAAUGAACUUUAGAAUAGAGUGUUUUAGAUUUCUGAGAUAUUCUAUCUAAGAAAAAAAAGGGUGGAGCCAUUACUCAAUCUUUUGGCUCCCUCUAAAUUGAUUUUACUGGGUCGUUGUUGUUGUUGUUAGGCCAUGGCAGAAGAAGAUAUCUAUACCAAGGACGGGACUGUGGAUUAUCGGAAUAAGCCUGCAAAUAAGAAGAAAACAGGAACUUGGAAGGCUUGCCCUUACAUACUUGGGAAUGAAUGCUCUGAAAGAUUGGCAUAUUAUGGGAUGAGUACCAAUCUUGUCCUUUAUUUUAAGAAUCAACUCAAUCAGCAUAGUGCAACUGCUUCAAAAAAUCAAUCAAAUUGGUCAGGGACAUGCUAUGUCAUGCCUUUGCUUGGAGCAUUUCUUGCUGAUUCUUAUCUUGGAAGAUACUGGACUAUUGCCAUAUUCUCUAUUAUCUAUGUUUUUGGGAUGACAUUGUUGACAAUUUCGGCAUCAGUGCCAGGGCUUAAGCCAACUUGCUAUGAAAAAGAUAAAUGUCAUGCGACCAACGGUCAAACUUCUGUAUUCUUUAUUGCACUCUACUUAGUAGCACUGGGAACUGGAGGGAUCAAGCCAUGUGUCUCAUCCUAUGGCGCAGACCAGUUCGAUGAUGCGGAUCCUAUUGAGAGAAACCAUAAGAAUUCCUUCUUUAAUUGGUUCUACUUCUCCAUCAAUGUUGGGGCUCUUGUUGCUUCGUCAUUGAUAGUCUGGAUACAACAAGACAUUGGCUGGGGAUGGGGGUUCGGUGUUCCAGCUGUGGCCAUGGCACUUGCUGUUGUAUCUUUCUUUUCAGGCACCCGGCUGUAUCGAUACCAAAAGCCUGGAGGAAGCCCUUUGACGCGUAUAUGCCAGGUUGUUGUGGCUUCUUUUAGAAAAUACCGCAUUGCAUUGCCUGCUGAUAAAUCUCUGCUAUAUGAGACUGCAGCAGAAGCUGAAUCUGCCAUCCAAGGGAGUCGCAAACUUGCUCAUACAAAUGAGUUGAGUUUUUUCGACAAAGCUGCUGUGAAGCUAGAGUCAGAUGAGAAUAGAGGUUCAAUAAACAAUUGGAGGCUUUGCACAGUAACACAAGUUGAGGAGCUCAAGUCUGUUAUCAAGUUGCUACCUAUUUGGGCAACUGGAAUUAUCUUCAGCACAGUGUAUAACCAAAUGAGUAAUAUGUUUGUGCUGCAAGCUACAUACAUGGAUACACAUUUAGGAAAAUUUAGAAUUCCUGAGGCUUCACUUUCUGUUUUUGACACCGUCGCUGUGAUUCUCUGGGUUCCUAUCUAUGAUAGAAUGCUUAUCCCAUUUGUUCGAAAGUUCACAGGUCACAAAAAUGGCUUGACUCAACUUCAACGGAUGGGGACUGGGCUUGUCAUAUCAGUCUUUGCAAUGGUAUCUGCAGCAAUUGUAGAGGUAGUUAGGCUGGGCAUAGUAAGAAGGCACAAUUACUAUAACACCACCAAUGUGCCAAUGCCAGUAUUUUGGCAAAUUCCCCAAUAUAUGAUAAUUGGUUGUGCUGAAGUUUUCACAUUUAUCGGUCAGUUGGAGUUUUUCUAUGAUCAAGCACCUGAUUCAAUGAGGAGCUUGUGCGCUGCCCUCUCUCUCACGACCACUGCACUUGGAAGUUACGUGAGCUCGUUCUUAGUAACCAUUGUCACCGAUAUUAGCACAAGGAACGGAAAGCCAGGAUGGAUAGCAGACAAUCAAAAUCGCGGCAAGCUGCAUUACUUCUUCUUGUUGUUGGCCAUUUUAAGUGUCUUAAACUUCUUUGCUUUUCUUGCGGUUGCAAAGAGGUACAAGUAUAAGAAGGCUAUCAACAAGGACAAUGCUGCAAUGGUGCCUGCUGAUGAUAAGUAAGCUAGUUUCAAAAUUUCUGGUGCAAAUUUAGCUUCCCUUCUGCUUUUUCUAAAAUUUGAACAUUUCAGACGUACAAGUUUGUGGCAUAGACGUACAGACAUGUAUCAUUUAUAGAUCAAACAUGUUCUUAUAGUUUAUCUCAUGGCUACAUUGAUUUGUUUAA